AUGUCUCUUCCUAGCGAUUUCCUCUGGGGCUUUGCCACUGCUUCAUACCAGAUUGAGGGUGCCGCCGAGAAAGACGGCCGUGGCCCUUCCAUCUGGGACACGUUCUGUGCCAUCCCCGGCAAGAUCGCCGAUGGCAGCUCCGGCGUCGUCGCCUGCGACUCGUACAACCGCACUGCCGAGGACAUUGCCCUGCUCAAGUCCGUCGGCGCCAACAGCUACCGCUUCUCACUCGCCUGGUCCAGAAUCAUUCCUGUCGGCGGUCGCAACGACCCAAUCAACCAGGCCGGCAUUGACCACUACGUCAAGUUUGUCGACGACCUCCUCGACGCUGGCAUCACCCCCUUCAUCACCCUCUUCCACUGGGAUCUCCCCGAUGGCCUCGACAAGCGCUACGGCGGCCUCCUGAACCGCGAGGAGUUCCCCCUCGACUUUGAACACUACGCCCGCGUUGUCUUCAAGGCCAUCCCCAAGUGCAAGAACUGGAUCACCUUCAAUGAGCCCUGGUGUUCCUCCAUCCUCGGCUACAGCAGCGGCUUCUUCGCCCCCGGUCACACAUCCGACCGGACCAAGUCCGCCGUCGGCGACUCGGCCCGCGAGCCUUGGACCGUCGGCCACAACUUCCUCGUCGCCCACGGCCGUGCCGUCAAGGUCUACCGCGACGAGUUCAAGCCCACCAACGGCGGCCAGAUCGGCAUCACCCUCAACGGCGACGCCACCUACCCCUGGGACCCCGAGGAUCCCGAGGACGUCGAGGCCGCCGAUCGCAAGAUUGAGUUCGCCAUCUCCUGGUUCGCCGACCCCAUCUACUUUGGCAAGUACCCCGACUCCAUGCGCAAGCAGCUCGGCGACCGCCUGCCCGAGUUCACCCCCGAGGAGCUCGCCCUCGUCAAGGGCUCCAACGACUUUUACGGCAUGAACCACUAUACCGCCAACUACAUCAAGCACAAGACCACCCCACCCGAGGAGGAUGACUUCCUCGGCAACCUCGAGACCCUCUUCGAGUCCAAGAAUGGCGAGAACAUCGGCCCCGAGACCCAAUCCUUCUGGCUGCGUCCUAACCCCCAGGGCUUCCGCAACCUCCUCGUCUGGCUCUCCAAGCGCUAUAACUACCCGCCCAUCUACGUCACCGAGAACGGCACCUCUCUCAAGGGUGAGAACGACAUGCCCCUGGAGCAGAUCCUCGAGGACGACUUCCGCGUCAACUACUUUGACGGCUACGUCAAGGCCAUGGCCGAGGCCUGCGAGAAGGACGGCGUCAACGUCAAGGGCUACAUGGCCUGGUCCCUCAUGGACAACUUUGAGUGGGCCGAGGGCUACGAGACCCGCUUCGGCGUCACCUUUGUCGACUACGAGAACGACCAGAAGAGAUACCCCAAGAAGAGCGCCAAGAGCCUCAAGCCCCUCUUUGACAGCCUUAUCAAGAAGGAGUAG